GAGGAGGAAGAGGAGCGGAGGACAGGUGAGACAAAGGCUGACUUUGGUGAACUGGAGGAGAGAAUGCGGUGGUUGGUGGAGGACAAAGAGAGAGAAAUUCAAGAUCUGAGUUUGGAAAACCAGAGAAACCUUGUGACAUUAAACCAAAACAGAGAGGAAAGAGAGAAGCUGAUGCUACAGUUGGAGCUGAGAGAGCGAGAGACAGAAGAACUGAAGGAGAGAAUGGAGGAGCAGCAGGUGAAGCUGCUGGACCUGGAACGUACUGGUGUAGAAAAGGAACAAAUGAGAAAGCAGAUGGAGGAGGCUGUUAGAGGAGAAGCUGGGAGGUGGAAGAAGGAAGUAGAAAAACUGAGAGAGACUGUGGAAGUUUUAACAGCAGAGAUGAAUGAGACUAGUAGACGCUGUGAUGCCGCUCUGAGCAGAAAAGAACAGGAACACGUCGGAGAGUUGAGAAGACUCCAGGAAGAAGUUCAGUUGGAAACAACAGAAGGCCUAAAACUGCAGCACCAGGAGGAGAUGGUCAGAAAAAUCAGUGAGCUGGAGAAACUGAUGGAGAAAACACAGGUUCAACAGCAGAGGGAAACUGUGCAGAAACUGAAGGAAAAGGAAAAAGAACUGGACAGAGUCAAGAAGAAGCAUGAAAAUGAAACA